AGUAAUAUUGUGUUCACAGUUACCAUUAUGUGACCUUCAGUGUGACCAGUAUUGGGUUGCAUGUAAUGAGACAUGUUACAGUCCAUAAUGGGGGUUAGGUAAACAGUGAAGUUGGGGAAUGUGAGCUAUGAGGAUGCGAGAUGGGACAGGCUGCAGAUGAAGGGAAAUUACUGUUGAACUCUGCUUUCCCUCCUCGCUGGGUAAGAUGGCGCCUGACGCUGACCUGCCCUCCUCCCUCCCUCCUUUUUCUGUCUCUUUCUCUCCCCUCGUCCCUCUCCCUCCAGCUCUGGGCCAUAAAUCCGUUGUUGUUUAUGAAAAUUUACAACAUAGCCAUACAAGUUUACGACGCGGCCCGGGUUCCUAUUGGCCGCAGCUUGUCACGUGGCGGGGAGCCAUGAACAUGAACUUUUUUUUUCGCCCCGUUUUUUUUAUAUUUAAUUUUCAAUUGCGGGAUAGAGGAGCCUUUCAUUUAACGGUCUCGGACUUCCACGGGAACCUUUUCACAGUCGACCUUCGACAUUUUACCAUCUCUCACAUCUACUUUUGGGGAUUUUUUAAGGGGUCGGGGUGAGAUGUUAGGCAGAACCUCGACGAGCAAGGAGCUUAUAGUAAGACAUGCCUGGAUCAUUUGGGUGCCUAGGUAACGGAGAAAUGAGACGAAGGAACCGACCCCCAUGGAGAAACAAGUAAGGGGUCUCAGCCGGGAGACUUUUCUCUGUCACUGCACCUGCCCACUCCCUCCAGUCACCCCCCUUGUGUUUACAUGCAGAGACCUUCUCAAGGUAAGGCAGCUUACGCUCGUCAGCCAGUGCAUGUGGUUGACAAUGUACUUAUUUGCAUCUUCUUAAAGCAAGCAACUUACUUCAUGGUUUCGCCUGCUUUGAUUUUGGUUAGAGACUGAAAUCUUGGAAAGAAAUGGUUUCGUGUUACACUUGAUCUUCAUCAGGAUUCCCAUCACUGAUACUUCGUGUUAAAUCUGAUUUAUCAGAUUUACAAGCUCUUAUUUGAUGAUGAUAAUUAUUAUCGUUACUAAUAUUUUAACAUGGUUAUUCAUUUUUGCAGUGAUCUUAGUGUUGUUGUAGGCUGUCUGGAUUGUAUUUGUUAUUGGAUUUAAAUGGGGAUGUGCUUUCGGGUGGGUGGAUGAUAGGCAAAGUAUGCGCUCUUUGACGCCCUCCUGUGGAGGCAGUGGGGCUAUCGCGCUUGCAGCUCGUCGUGGUUUGUUUUGUUUUUUUUGCUGCAAAUGAGAAAGGUCGACAUCUGUGCAUCCACGUGUUUUAUUCUAUUGCCUUGUAUGUGUGCAUGUAGGCCUCAGCGUGAUGUGCAUGGGAUUAAUGAACAGGAUGGCAACCACUAAACAUUAUUAAACUUAAAAAUGCUUUUUUAAGUGAUCAGAUAUUUUAAUUGCAAAAUGUUUCUUUGCAUAGAUGCUCUUGUUAGCGGUAUUGCCGAAAGUAAAAUCAGAGAGUCAUGUAUGUUGCUAGACUGCAAUUAAUAUUUAAUAAAAUGCAUCGAUGCAAAAAAGCAAUGUAUCCCCCAAUCAGUCCUAACAGGGUGAUUUAAAUGCAUCAAAUGCAGUGAUAAAUCUCCCUGUUGUAAGUCAUUUCUGCAUAAAGAGUAUGAUUUUACUUUCCUUUCGAUUUUUUUUUUUUGCUUGAACUACCGUAAUUUCUUGGGGUAACACGUGGAUUAUAGGCCACGAAAAAGAAAGUGAUUUUAAAUGUUUUCUCAAAAGCUACUACGAGUGCGUGUGUGUGUCUGCAAAGUCGGAUAGCACCGCCCCCUCCCUUCACCAGUGACCAUCGUACCCCCUUCACCCCUCUCUCAACCCGACAAGUCAGACACCAGCGCGCACUCACUCCGUUGCUCUCCUUUCUUUUCGAUGCCUGUGUUUUGGUUCCUGGGUGUGUCCCUGGCUCAACUCAGAGAAGUAAUUUUCGUGGGAACUUUGUUGCCAUUGGCCAACCAUAAAUCAGCUGUUGUUGCUCGACUGUUUAACCAACACAAACUCCGCGCAUAGCGCUCCUCUCCUUGUGGGCCCACACUGGGUGUGUAGGAGCCCGGUAUUCACCCUUCCUAAAGUCGUGCCUUCUGGGAGUGUGUUAACGCACUCUCUCUCUCACACACAUACCUGGGACUGAAUAAAUCCAUCUCACUGUUCCUGUCAAUCCUAACACAGGAAUGGGCUUGUGCUGGUCAAACGCUCUGCUCCGGGGAAACGGCAUGUGGAGGAAACCUUGAAACCUUAGGACAAGUCACUGCCUUCGAGAGGCGAAGGUGCCAUAAAAAUUCCACAGGGAGUAAAACAAACGGGAAGCGCCUGACUGCGCCAUGCCUGUUACGCUUCUUUUAAAAUUUGUGAUUUCCUUCGUGAAUUAAUUUGAAAGAAAGUCCAAAGCUGACGAACCGUUUUCAAAUGGUGAAUCGGUCCGGUUACAGCAUUAAACGAAGCUGGACCAAGUGUGCUGGGGUUUAUUAAGCAAUGAUACAUAACUGCUGCAGGGAAUAGCUUCUAACAUAUCUAAAAAUAACAUUAUUGUUUAUUAUCAAUAAUAUUUUGACGGUUUAACUGAUCGAUUGCAGAGUUGUGUUGAGAAAUUGUUUUGGGAAUUUUUUUUAAUGAUCACAGUGGCACAAAUGACGAGAAAAUCUCAAGAUCGCCUUUUCUCUGUCAUCGUAAAUACGUAUGUGCUUUUUGUAUUAACCCCUAAAAAUAUAAAUAUGCAGUUCAGCUUUCACCACACUCGCAAAAUAAUGUUAAAGUUUGAUUGAGUAUUCUACAUUUCGAGGACUUAAAAAGCAUCAACUUCACUCCUAAGCAGCAAAUCCUUUCACCGUGUCAUUUUUGCAAUAAAGUCUAUUUUUUCCACCCCUCCACUAAUUUCAUUAAAUUCAAAAGUCAUACUUAGCAAAGCCCCGGGCUUUGUAGUUUCUCAUGUUAUAAAAAAGAAGAAAUAAUCAAUCUUUAGCUUAUAUGUAAACAAAUAAAAACACGAGAAACUGCAGCUUGGCAUGAUUGACUGUUUAAAGGUCAAUAUAGCAGAGGAGUCGCCGUUAAAUAAGAGCAAAAUAACAUCGGGUUUGGCGCAAAAGGAUUGUAAUAGCUAUCAUCUGAGCAUCUGUUCCAUGGAGGCCCAUAGUUAUAUAUUUUAACCUGCUUAUAAACGACAUUCGUGUGUUCAUAUAAAGCCCAUAUUUAUAGUUAUUAAUUUUUCAAAGUGGCGUAAAAUCAGGCCUCGGAUAGCACAUUCUUUGGCUUUAUUCGAUAAAGUGAUGUUUAGCUUUUAUUCUUCCCCCAAACAUUUAUUCAUUAGUCUUUUUUUUUGCUCUUGAAGUCGUUCAAAUAUUUCUCGAUAGGGCUAUAUCAUAUGAGAGAAAACGCAGCUCUGUUGCGAAUGGGCUUUUAUUCUAUUAAGUGCGCAGACUGUUUACACUCAUAGCCCAUCAUAACAUGCAUAACGGAUUCUGAUCGAAUUAUUUCUGUACACUAUCACCGCCGAGAUUGCACUCUCAGCAUGUCACUUGUUGUAUUGUUCAGGAGCUUUUUUUUUUUUUUUUUUUUGCCGCAAUGGUCGUUAACCUCCGAAUGACCCCGUGUGCAGCCCACGCCUCGGAAAGCGCCGCAGACACGCAGUGCAACUGUUGAGCCAGAGGAUGGCGCACCACGACAAUCCAAAACACCCAAAGCCCCGGCUCAGAGUUUGCCCUAGCCACGAGCGCAGGGAAAGCGCGCACCCUUUAUAUCCCACCCAGUAUUUCCUGCGUGCACGAGUUUACCUCUGGAGGUCACCGAGCAGGAUUUACGACUGGUCAACAAAAGCACGUGAUUCUUCGCCAUACCCCAUAUUUGGGUGCCUACGUAAGAGAGAAUCAAGUCCAUGUCCCACUCAUUUCCAUAAUUCAUCAUAAAUUGUGCAAGGGUGCUAUAGGACGCGCUAAAGCAUAAGAGCCACAAAUCAAGAACACAGGUUAUGCUAUUUUACCUCUAAAAAUAACCAUCAAAAACAAGAGCAAUACCUACAACAAGCAAACGGUGGAACUGUCAACAAAUGAGCUCCUAUUUUGUGAACUCAUUCUGCGGUCGCUAUCCCAAUGGCGCGGACUUCCAGUUACAUAAUUAUGGAGACCACAGUACGGCAAACGAGCAAUAUAGAGACUCAACAGCCAUGCAUUCCAGCAGGUAUGGCUACGGCUACAACGGGAUGGACCUAACAGUCGGCCGGACCAGUACCGGACACUUUGUGGGAAGCGAGCGGACACCGGGCUACUCCCCGAGUCACUCAGCGGCGACAACACCCGCGGUGGAGCCUGUCAGGUACAACCAGUCCGCAAACAGCACCGGGAACUCGUCUCUAUCGCCUCCACCUGACUCUCUACCGUGCUCCUCGGUCGCCAGCUCGUCCCCAGUGACCGAGACACAGUCUCAGCACAGAGCUGUGAAAAACUCCAUAACGACCCCGUGCUCAACCCCGUGCUCAAACUCAAAUGGAGCCACGCUGCUGCUCAGCCGGGACUGUGUGUCCAAAGCUUCCCCUCUGGAGGAAGAGAAGCCCGCGGGAAGUGCACCGACAACUCCUCAAAAUGUAACCGACUCAACACAGCCUCAGAUAUACCCGUGGAUGAGAAAACUACACAUAAGUCACGAUUUGUCUGGGCCAGAGGGGAAGCGGGCCAGAACUGCAUACACUCGGUACCAGACCCUCGAGCUGGAGAAGGAGUUCCACUUCAACCGGUACCUGACCCGCAGGCGGAGGAUCGAGAUAGCCCAUGCCCUCUGCCUCUCAGAGAGACAGAUCAAAAUCUGGUUUCAGAACCGAAGGAUGAAGUGGAAGAAGGACAACAAACUGAAAAGCAUGAGCAUGGCGGCUGCAGGCGGAGGAGCCUAUAGGCCCUGAUUU